GCUCUAGUGCCCGAGCUUCAGCUCUCUAGGUUCUGCAACCCCCUUUCCUCCCCACCAAACCCCGCUAAAGCCCACUAGGGAUCUUCCGAUCCUCGACCCCACCUCAGACCCCCGGAAGCUGUCUUGCCUUUCCUCAGCUAAAUCUCACCUUGGUGGACCCAGACGGCGGAGCAAGAGGGUAACCCAGGAGACCUGGCUCCUUCGCCCUCUUGGCCCUCUCGCCUCCACCCCCUGCAGCCGGAGCCGCGCCCCCUCUCCCACAGAUUUGGGAGCAGAGAACGGAGAAGAUUGGGCAAAGCAGGGUGGGCUUCAGGCAACCUCCCAGCCCAACUCUGCCCCUCCAUCCCGAGGGGCCGAGAAAUUGUCUUCUUUGCUAACUGCUAGCAGGAAAAAAUAAUAAUAAUAAUUAAAGGGAAAGAUAGAAGGAGACGGAGGAAAGGUGGCAGCUAGAUUAUUUAAGAGAGGCGCAGAGAAGAGAAAUCAGUGAGUCGCCAUGGGGAUUCCCAAGGCCCAACACCCGCCGCCUCCCCAGCUGCUGUUCCUAAUUCUGCUGAGCUGCCCCUGGAUUCAGGGUCUGCCCAUGAAAGAGGAGGAGGCACUGCUGGAGCCUGGAAGUGAGACCCCCACAGUAGCCUCGGAGGCCUUGGCCGAGCUGCUCCAUGGGGCCCUGCUGAGGCGGGGCCCAGAGAUGGGCUACCUGCCAGGAACUGAUCCAGACCCCACACUAGCCACUCCUCCAGCCAGCCAGACUCUUGCAUCGCCCUCCCUGCCGCGGGCCACUGAGCCAGGGACAGGACCUCUGACAACAGCCGUAACCGCUAAGGGGGGUAGAGGGGCAGGCCCCACGGCUCCGGAGCUGCUGACCCCGCCCCCAGGAACUACGGCCCCGCCCCUUUCUGGCCCCGCCUCCCCAGGCCCGCCCCUCAGGCCUGAGGGAGGAGAGGAGGAGACCACGACCACCGUCAUCACCACGACAACAGUCACCACCACGGUGACCAGCCCGGUUCUGUGUAAUAACAACAUCUCUGAGGGUGAAGGGCAUGUGGAGUCUCCAGAUUUAGGGAGUAGCACCAGCCACACCUUGGGACUCCUGGACUGCACAUAUAACAUCCAUGUCUACCCUGGCUAUGGCAUUGAGAUCCAGGUGCAGACGCUGAACCUGUCUCGGGAGGAGGAACUCUUGGUGCUGGCUGGUGGGGGUGCCCCAGGUCUGGCCCCCCGACUCCUGGCCAACUCCUCCAUGCUGGGAGAAGGACAGGUCCUUCGGAGCCCAACCAAUCGGCUGCUCCUGCACUUCCAGAGCCCGCGGGUCCCAAGGGGCGGUGGCUUCAGGAUCCACUAUCAGGCCUACCUCCUGAGUUGCGGCUUCCCUCCCCGGCCGGCCCACGGGGAUGUGAGUGUGACAGACCUGCACCCUGGGGGCACUGCCACCUUCCACUGUGAUUCAGGCUACCGGCUGCAGGGUGAAGAGACCCUCAUCUGCCUCAACAGUACCCGGCCGGCCUGGAGCAGCGAACCCCCCAGCUGCAUAGGUGAAUCUCCUGCCACAGUAGCCUCCUGUGGUGGAACCAUCCACAAUGCUACACUGGGCCGCAUCGUAUCACCUGAGCCCGGGGGAGCGGCAGGGCCCAACCUCACCUGCCGUUGGGUCAUUGAAGCAGCUGAGGGACGCCGGCUGCACCUGCACUUUGAGAGAGUCUCACUGGAUGAAGACAACGACCGGCUGAUGGUACGCUCAGGGGGCAGCCCCCUGUCCCCAGUGAUCUAUGAUUCUGACAUGGAUGAUGUCCCAGAGCGAGGUCUCAUCAGUGAUGCCCAGUCCCUCUAUGUGGAGCUGCUUUCAGAGACACCUGCUAAUCCCCUGCUGCUAAGCCUCCGAUUUGAAGCCUUUGAGGAAGAUCGCUGCUUCGCCCCCUUCCUGGCACAUGGCAAUGUCACUACCACAGACCCUGAGUACCGCCCAGGGGCACUGGCUACCUUCUCAUGCCUCCCAGGAUAUGCCUUGGAGCCCCCUGGCCCCCCCAAUGCCAUCGAAUGUGUGGAUCCCACAGAACCCCACUGGAACGACACAGAGCCAGCCUGCAAGGCCAUGUGUGGAGGCGAGCUGUCAGAGCCGGCUGGCGUGGUCCUCUCUCCAGAUUGGCCCCAGAGCUAUAGCCCCGGCCAGGACUGUGUGUGGGGCCUACAUGUCCAGGAAGAGAAGCGCAUCUUGCUCCAAGUUGAGAUCUUGAAUGUACGCGAAGGGGACAUGCUGACUCUGUUCGAUGGGGACGGUCCCAGCGCCCGAGUCCUGGCCCAGUUGCGGGGACCUCAACCGCGUCGCCGCCUCCUCUCCUCUGGGCCCGACCUCACGCUGCAGUUCCAGGCACCGCCCGGGCCCCCAAACCCUGGCUUGGGCCAGGGUUUCGUGCUGCACUUCAAAGAGGUCCCCAGGAACGACACGUGCCCUGAACUGCCCCCUCCGGAGUGGGGCUGGAGGACGGCUUCUCACGGGGACCUGAUCCGGGGCACGGUGCUUACUUACCAGUGCGAGCCUGGCUACGAGCUGCUCGGCUCCGACAUUCUCACCUGCCAGUGGGACUUGUCCUGGAGCGCAGCCCCGCCGGCCUGCCAGAAAAUCAUGACUUGCGCCGACCCUGGGGAGAUCACCAAUGGGCACCGUACCACCUCAGACGCUGGCUUCCCUGUUGGCUCCCACGUCCAGUACCGCUGUCUGCCGGGGUACAGCCUGGAGGGGGCGGCCGUACUCACCUGCUACAGCCGGGACACAGGCACACCCAAGUGGAGCGACCGGGUCCCCAAGUGUGCCUUGAAGUACGAGCCGUGCCUGAACCCCGGAGUGCCAGAGAAUGGCUAUCAGACAUUGUACAAGCACCACUACCAGGCGGGCGAAUCUCUGCGCUUCUUCUGCUAUGAGGGCUUUGAGCUCAUCGGCGAGGUCACCAUCACCUGUGUUCCCGGCCACCCCUCACAGUGGACCAGCCAACCCCCACUCUGCAAAGUGGCCUAUGAGGAGCUCCAGGACAACCGAAAACUGGAAGUGACCCAGACCACAGACCCAUCACGGCAGCUGGAGAGUGGGAACCUCGCCUUGGCCAUCCUGCUGCCCCUAGGCUUGGUCAUUGUCCUUGGCAGUGGCGUGUACAUAUACUACACCAAGCUGCAGGGAAAAUCCCUUUUCGGCUUCUCAGGCUCCCAUUCCUACAGCCCCAUCACUGUGGAGUCAGACUUCAGCAAUCCACUGUACGAAGCUGGGGAUACACGGGAGUAUGAAGUUUCCAUCUGAACCUGAAGACUAAGGCUGCAGGACCCAAGAUGCGCCUCCCCUCCUCAUUCUGGGCAGGCAGGAGUACAGGACCUGGUCUCUGGCUCCUUCCCUCCCUGCUGUGUAAAUAGUCUCCCGGUCCCAAGGUGACGGGGAAGGGGGGGCUCUGAUGGCCCCGGGGACCCUACAGUAAAUAAACCAGCAUCCUGCCACCCAAAACUUCCUCUUCUCAGUUGCCAAACAAGGGGCCUACCCCAACCUACCCUAUUGGCUUUGGACCCUGGCAUGGGAACUCAGCUCUCCUGAAACCCCUGGGGCCUCCAGCCCAGGCUCCCCCGUAAGGACUGCCCCCAAGAACUCUGCUGUUCCCUUGGCCACGAAGGCUCUGCCCUUCCCAGAUGUUCUGGCUCCGGCCUAACUCCUGGGCCUUGGAGGGUCAGAAGAAGGACAAAGGGGAGAGCUGGGACAAGACGGCCCCACCCCCUUCUCGCUCUCUCCCCAACCCACAGUCUCUCUCCACCUUUGC